GACCAUCACAUCAGCUCUUCACGAAAGGACAUGGAUGAAAAUGAAAGCAACCAGUCCCUGAGGACAAGUUGCCAAUAUCCUAAAGAAGCAGUAAGAAAACGCCAAAAUUCACGGAAUUCUGGAGGAAGUGAUUCUUCUAGGUUUUCCAGGAAGAGUUUCAAACUGGAUUACAGACUAGAAGAAGAUGUAACUAAAUCAAAGAAAGGAAAGGAUGGGAGAUUUGUUAACCCUUGGCCAACAUGGAAAAAUCCCUCUAUUCCAAAUGUUCUCAGAUGGCUGAUGAUGGAAAAAGAUCACAGCAGUGUUCCAUGCUCCAAAGAGGAGCUCGAUAAAGAACUCCCAGUGCUUAAGCCGUAUUUUAUCGAUGACCCUGAAGAAGCUGGAGUGAGGGAAGCUGGCUUAAGAGUCACGUGGCUGGGACACGCGACAGUGAUGGUGGAAAUGGACGAGCUCAUCUUGCUCACGGACCCCGUCUUCAGCGCUCGGGCCUCCCCGUCGCAGCGUGUGGGUCUCAAGCGGUUCCGUCGCCCCCCUUGCACAGUCGGUGAACUGCCCCGGGUAGACGCGGUCCUCAUCAGCCACAACCACUACGACCACCUGGACCACAGUUCUGUUGUCGCUCUGAACGAGCGGUUUGGUAACGAGCUCAGGUGGUUUGUGCCUCUGGGGCUCCUGGACUGGAUGCAGAAGUGUGGCUGUGAGAACGUGAUCGAGCUGGACUGGUGGGAGGAGAACUGCGUCCCCGGACACGACAGGGUGACGUGUGUGCUCACCCCUUCCCAGCACUGGUGUAAGAGGACUCUGACGGACGACAACAGGGUUCUCUGGGGCAGCUGGUCUGUCUUGGGGCCCUGGAACCGAUUCUUUUUCGCAGGAGACACUGGUUAUUGCUCUGCUUUUGAAGAGAUAGGAAAAAGAUUUGGACCUUUUGACCUUGCAGCUAUUCCCAUUGGAGCGUAUGAACCAAGGUGGUUUAUGAAAUACCAGCAUGUAGACCCAGAAGAGGCUGUAAAGAUUCACAUUGAUGUGCAGACAAAGAGAUCUGUGGCAAUUCACUGGGGAACUUUUGCCUUAGCAAAUGAGCAUUACUUAGAACCUCCAGUGAAACUGAGUGAGGCUCUAGAGAGAUACGGACUUAAGGCUGAAGAUUUUUUUGUCUUGAAGCAUGGAGAGUCAAGAUACCUUAACACUGAUGACGACAACUUGGAGUAAAUGUGAGCACAGGAGUGUCUAAUGAAAAAGGCAUCAUCUGAUAUAAAUCUAAAAAGACUAAGAAAUUCAUGAAUGUUACGAUUUUUUACAUUUGGAA